CUGGAUGAAGGGCAGGAGGGGUUUCUUUGUCUCGACUUUUUUUUUUAUUUAUUUUUAGAGGAGGUGUUCAUUGCAUUUAAAUAGAUUAGAUAGAGCAUUUCCCCCCUUUCGUCUGUCAUCUUACAAUAGAAACAUUAUGGCAAAAGACCACUUCAUCGCUCCCAUUCACUCUCUCCCCGCAGAGGUCCUUCUUUGCAUCCCUCAAUACCUCGCGACAGCCGAUACUACUCGAUUCCGGACGACGUGCAAAAGCUUGUAUGCCCUUUUCACGGAAUCCGAUAUUGCCCGGUUUCAGGCGGAGAAGUUGGUGCGUGCACCAAGGAGCGAAGAUGAGGCCAUCUUGAAGGAGUGCUUUGGUCCUCCGACCUUUUUUGCAUCACUUGUCAUUCACCUCGACCGUCUCGGUGCCCCUGUUGGCCUAAAACGUGUGCCUCGGGCGAGCGGUGACGGGGAGGCAUGCUGGGGUUGGAGGGCGAUACGGUAUGCAGCUUGUACGGAUAAAGCCGGCAGUGGAUGGAAGAAGGCCAGGCAAGCCGUUCGCAUGCUUUUGGAUGCUGGUGCCUUUGUUGAUUGUCGAGAUUGGUCCCUCGACGACCGUGCGUUUCCUCGUGGGUUUGAAGACUGGGAUGCGGAUUGCUCCUAUUGGAAAGUGUCUGAAAAGACGGCCUUCACGACAUAUUGGGGUGCGACACCGCUCUCAGAAGCGGCUGCGCGAGGUAAUCUCGAAUUGGUCGCUAUCCUGCUCCAAGCUGGCGCAAACCCGAACCUCAAGUACAACCGCAAAAUGGAGCAUAAGAAGAUUGUGACAGCUCAAGAAAAGGCGUUGUAUGGACCGUUGGCAGACAAGAAGAUAUCUACUGCGUUCGAAGAGGCCCUGUGGCGUGGCGACACGGACAUGAUGCUUCUCCUUUUGAGUGGCGGGUUCAGUGUUGAGCAACAUGCCGACAGGAUCCUGACAGAGAUUGCGCGCAAAGACGAUGCGAGCAUACUAGAACAUUUGCUCCAAUUUGGAUUCGCACCUUUUUUCACAAGCGUGUCCGCCAAGCAACUGGGCAUGAACGGCGCAGUCAAAUGCUUUGAACAUCUUAUUGACUCCAAUAUACCAACCAUCGAUAUGCAAUUCCUUCUGACGGCUGCUGCACACGAUGAACAGGGAAAGCUGCCUGAAAUCGAAGCUGGUGCUGAGAUCAGGAUGGGUCAUUGCACGGGGCGACACUCGCCAGAUCCGGUUGGGCGCUAAUAUCCUUUACGACGGUGAUGGACUCCCUCGAAACCAAUGGCUUGGAUGUUUAUUUAUUACAUUUUUGGGAGGGAUAGAAUAUACACUAUAGAUUACCCAUCACAUUAUUGUUUGUCGCUUCGCGAUUGUAGUAUUAUUGGUUGUAUCACAACCCUAAAUAUACCAUAUAGACAAGAAGGCCCG